CGCGUGCUGUGAACGACGGGUGUGCCAUCUUUCGACAAGAGAACAGGGCAGUUGUCGGCAGAGUUGUUGCCGACAACACGAGGUUUUACGUUGCGGUUGCUUCGAUCGCGGCGGUAGCUGCUCUCGCACGGACGUCGCCUCGUCGUCGUCGUCGUCGUCGUCGUCGUCGCUCGACGAUCGACGCGAAGAACUCGCGUUGUACUUCCUGCUCCGGCUGCACGUUCGGAGCGCGAACGCGUUGUUUCGCCGUAACGGCUAAUUGUGGCAAUUUACAUCGUCGUUGGCGACAAUAACAGCGACUGGUCGGCAGCGUGCCGAAUGUCCCUCAGAGAGCACUCCGCCGGCAUUCACACAGCUGCACCGGCGUCACAUACAGAAAUUACGAUUACACUCGUGCGAUUUCGCUCGUUCGCGACUGGAUGGGCACCGCUGGAUGACAGAGCGAAACGACAGUCGAGCAGGCGCUGAUUCCAGCGUGCGUCUAGUCUAACUUGGUCGCAACAUCAUAUCGCGAAUUGGGAAACAUGUUCGGCAUAUUAGAAUCAUGGCUCGGUCAUGGCUAUGGUGGCUCUUCAUCGUCCUGACGCCAUUCGUGCUCUUUUACAUAUACUUGUCGUUAAAUGUACCUUCCGCAGAGCAGAGAGGAUCGAAAAUCGAAAAGAAAUGGCGGUCGUUGCCGGUAGGGACGGAGAGGUCGGAGCUGCGGAUGGAAGGUCGCUUUCUCAAGGGGCCGCAAUUAGGAAACAAUAUCGAGGUGAAAUGCGACACCGUACACGUAGCCAUGGUGUGCGCCGGAUACAACUCAACCCUCACCCUCGUAACCGUAGUGAAGUCUAUUCUGUUUUAUCGCACGAAUCCGUUGCAUUUUCAUUUGCUCGUUGACGAAAUUGCGAGGAGAACGCUUUCGACCCUGUUCCGAACGUGGGAUUUGCCGCAUGUGAACAUAACGUUCUACGGCGCUGAGGUGUGGGUGCCGAGGGUGUCGUGGAUACCGAACAAGCAUUAUUCGGGGGUGUACGGUCUCUUGAAGUUGAUACUGCCGGACGCGAUACGAGAGGACAAAGUGCUCGUGUUGGACACGGACGUAACCGUUUUGAACGACGUGAGCCUGUUGUGGGGAAUGUUCGAAAAGUUCUCGACCGGCCAGACUCUGGGCUUAAUCGAGAAUCAGAGCAACUGGUAUAUAAAGGCGCUGUCGUACGGCCAGCGACCGUGGCCGGCGCUGGGCCGGGGAUUUAAUACGGGCGUCAUGCUAAUGCACUUGCAACGGCUCCGCGACGGGAAAUUUACAAGCUCGUGGGAGAGCGUUGCUAAGCGCGUGCUGGGAUACAUACCAAAGACCAGCCUGGCCGACCAGGACGUGAUAAACGCGGUGAUCAACGAGCAUCCAAGUAUUGUGUAUAGGAUCGAGUGUACCUGGAACAUACAGCUGAGCGAUCGCACGAUAAGCGACACGUGUUAUCGCGACAGUAGUCGUAUAAAUAUUCUCCACUGGAACUCGCCCCGAAAGCAAGACGUGCGCAAUAAGCACGUUAACGAGUUUCGAAAAUUGCACCGGGUCUUCCUCGAAAUGGACGGCAAUUUAUUGCGAAGACGCUUAUUCGGCUGUGAUAAGCACGAGAGUGCGCUUCCAUACAACGAAUCGAGCCCGUGUCGAGAAUUCGAGAAAAGCGCCAGCAUUUUAUACCGCACGCAUCCGUUUCUUCUGGAGUACGAUUACAACAUGUACUCGCCGAUGGACGUCGCUCUGGUUACCCAAUGUAGCGUCGAAAGGAUACCGCUGCUGGAAGCGUUAUCAAAACACUGGCCGGGAACUAUAAGCGUCGCGAUUUACCUGACCGACGCUGAGGUUCAGAACUUCCUGGACUUUGUGCGAGGCUCUGCAGAUUUGCGGACGAGGAGGAACAUCGCUUAUCACGUUGUGUACAAAGACGGAGAACUUUAUCCUAUUAAUUACUUACGAAAUACUGCGAUGUCAUACGUGUCAACCCCGUUCAUCUUUCAACUCGAUAUCGAUUUUUUGCCACAACUUGGAUUGCAUGAAAAUAUUAUGGGCUACAUUAAUAAAUUGGAUAUUAACGAGUCGGAUAAAAUAGCUCUAAUCGUGCCAGCAUUCGAAACCGAACGUUACAGAUUUGAUUUCCCGGCUAAUAAGGAGGAAUUGCUAAAAUUUCUUAAACGUGGUGUUUUAUAUACAUUUCGUUAUCACGUCUGGACGCAAGGUCACGCCGCUACGAAUUAUAGCGUUUGGCGAAGCAGCUCGGAACCGUAUGAAGUAUCGUGGGAGCCGGAUUUCGAACCUUACAUAGUAGUUUCGAAAUCUGCCCCGCGAUAUGACACAAGGUUUAUCGGGUUUGGGUGGAAUAAAGUUUCCUACGUGACCCAUUUAACAGCGUUAGGUUAUAAGUACAUAGUAUUGCCGGACACAUUUAUUAUCCAUCGACCUCAUGCCCCCAGUUUAGACAUUGGCAAGUUUCGGAGUGAUUCCGUUUACAGAAGAUGUCUUAAAAGGUUGAAGGACGAAUUUGUCAAAGAGUUGAUGGAGAAAUACGGUGAGACUGCGUUAUCCAAGCUAAGAAAAGAAACCAAAAAGGACAAAGAUUAGAGAGAAUAGAGAGAACAUGACAUUUUGUAAUGAUGGGUAUUUCGAACAUAAAUAUAUAAAAUUAGACGGUGAAGUAAAAGCGUAUUAUAUUUUUUUUUUGAUGAUGAAGAAAUGUGUAUAAUGGAUAUUUUCCUAAAAAAGAAAAGACAAA